AUGUGCAAGCACUACAAGACGGACCAGUGCUGGCGAGGGCAAGAGUGCACCUACGCUCACAGCCUGGAGGAACUUCAUCCGGCCUCGCCGGACCUCCCGCGGGUGGAGGUGAAGGAAACGAAUGCCUUGGCCGAGCAGCAGAAGGUGGAAGACAGCGCCCCAGAUGUCCGACUGAAGAAGAAGAAGGAGCUGUGCAACAAGUGGAAGAAUGGUCAAGAUUGCGUGCUCGGAAGAGCUUGUCCCUAUGCUCACGGAGAGAAAGAGCUGGGAACAGUGGAGCUUGUGGUCUGUGGGCGCGUGAAGACAAGAAUCUGCAAGUUCUGGACGACGGGAAGCUGCAUGUUCCUCGGCAAUUGCGUCAACGCGCAUGGCGAGAAGGAGCUCGGCACGAAGAGGCCUGACUUCAUGACGCCUCCCAUGAAGAAGCGAAGGGAAGGAGAGCUUGAAGCUCAGCUUUUGUUUCCCAAUCGUUUUCUGACCCUCUUCGGCUCUGUAAGGUCCAUUGACGAGUUCCGAGAGCAAGUCAUCGCCAAAAAGGGCGGCAAGGGCAAGGGAAGGCGACUGGUCUCUCUGAUGGGCAUGCUGAAGAAAUUCUCAUCAUGCCUGUGCUGA